UGGAUAAUGUCGACAAAACCCUUGCACAAGUAACUCGGUUCUCUCCGUCCCCAAAUAGCGUCGUUCGGCUGGGGUUCUCCUCUUGCCCCUCUCUUUAUAUCUCCUCCAACUCUUCUCCCCAUCCUCAUUUCUCUCCCCCCUCUUUUACAUUCUAGCCACUGUCUUCUCCACUAUUUACAGAUUCACCCUCUUCCUUCUCCUCUGUGGCCAUGGGGGACGUGGGCAAGAGAGAGGACCAAUCUCAGGCGUCCUUCGACGGCGAGAGCGCAGCGGUGCUGACGAGAGAGCUGAGGGAAAGCUUCAAUCUUGGAAAGACGAGGUCUUUUCAGUGGAGGUCAAAUCAGCUGAAGGGGCUCUUGAGGAUGAUGGAGGAGAAAGAGGCUGAUAUCAUGGGAGCUCUUUAUUCUGAUCUUGCAAAGCCCCAGUUGGAAUCUUAUCUUCAUGAGAUUUCAAUGGCAAAAGAAUCAGUUACGUUUGCUAUGAAAAAUUUGAAAAGUUGGAUGAAACCGAAAAAGGUGGGAUCUCAAGCUGCAACUUUUCCAUCGUCUGCAAAUAUUGUUCCUGAGCCCUUUGGUGUUGUGUUGAUCAUCUCUGCUUGGAACUAUCCCUUUUUGCUAUCCAUUGAUCCAGUAAUUGGAGCUAUUGCAGCUGGUAAUGCUGUUGUUCUAAAGCCAUCAGAAAUUGCUCCAGCAACAUCAUCAUUAUUUGCCAGACUUUUACCCGAGUAUGUAGACGACCUGUGCAUAAAAGUUGUCGAGGGUGCUGUGGUAGAAACAACUGCACUUUUAGAGCAAAAGUGGGAUAAAAUAUUUUAUACAGGUAAUGGAAGAGUAGGCCGCAUUGUGAUGGCUGCAGCAGCGAAGCACCUAACUCCAGUAAUCUUGGAGCUCGGAGGAAAAUCUCCUGUUGUUGUUGAUUCAAACGUUGACUUAAAAGUUGCAACUAAAAGAAUUGCUGUUGGGAAAUGGGGAUGCUCCAGCGGUCAAGCUUGUAUAGCUCCAGAUUAUAUCAUAACAACAAAAUCACUUGCUCCAAAAUUGUUGGAUUCUAUGAAAAUUACUCUAGAGAGGUUCUAUGGUAAAGAACCCUUGGAAUCAUCAGAUCUAGCUCGAAUCGUGAAUUCCAACCAUUUUGCACGCUUAUCAAAGCUCUUGGAUGACGAUUUGGUUUCUGGAAAGAUUGUAUAUGGAGGGAAACGGGAUGAAAAACGCCUACGAAUAGCUCCUACACUUCUGUUAGAUGUUCCAGAAGAUUCACUGAUUAUGAAGGAUGAGAUAUUUGGUCCAUUGCUUCCCAUUAUUACUGUUGACAAGAUUGAAGAUAGUAUUGGUGUCAUAAACUCGAGAACAAAGCCUCUUGCUGCCUAUUUAUUUACCAAGGACAAAAAGCUGGAAAAGAUGUUUGUGGAAAAUGUUUCUGCUGGAGGAAUGAGCAUUAAUGAGACCGUCUUGCACCUUGCGAACAAAAACUUGCCAUUUGGUGGGGUCGGAGAGAGUGGAAUUGGUGCAUAUCACGGGCAGUUUUCUUUCGAUGCAUUUAGCCACAAGAAAGCCGUACUCUCCCGCAACUUUUAUGGUGAAGUUAGUGCAAGAUAUCCCCCAUAUACUGCCAGAAAACAAAGAAUUCUACGCGCGCUGCUCAAUUUCGAUAUCAUAGGCCUCAUUCUGGCUCUAGUUUGGCACAAAUCUUGAUUGCUCAAGGCUUUUUAAGAAAAAUAAACAAUAUACGCUUUGUAUAAUGGGACGUAUCCAUCUUUGAGUAUUGACUUUACUUUUUAUGUGAUGUUGUGAUGUUGUGAUGUUGAUGAAUAAUUUAUUUAAAUACGCGUUGUAUACUCGUCUCUUGAAUGCAAUAAAUAUGUACAUAUAAAGUAGGGUUAA